CGCCCUCCCCGGAAACGCUUCUUUCCUACGCCGUCGUUGCUCUGCUGCUGUUGCUGGAUCUUUGCCUCUCUAGGCCGGUAGGGCUUCUCCUCCAUGGUCCUGUCUGUCAGCGCCGUUUAGAGGGUAGGCGGGUGAGGCUGGGCCGCGCUCGGACACUUCGGCCCGCGAGUUCGUCACCGGUGCCAGGGCGGCCUGGGGCCCAUGGCGCGGCGGCGCUGACCCAGGCCCCGGGUGGCGGCCGGGCCCCGCGGGCCGGCAUGGCGGGCCAGUUCCGCAGCUACGUGUGGGACCCGUUGCUGAUCCUGUCGCAAAUCGUCCUCAUGCAGACCGUCUAUUACGGCUCACUGGGCCUGUGGCUGGCGCUGGUGGACGGGCUGGUGCGCAGCAGCCCCUCGCUGGACCAGAUGUUCGACGCCGAGAUCCUGGGCUUUUCCACCCCUCCAGGCCGGCUGGCCAUGAUGUCCUUCAUCCUCAACGCCCUCACCUGUGCCCUGGGCUUGCUGUACUUCAUCCGGCGAGGGAAGCAGUGUCUGGAUUUCACUGUCACUGUCCAUUUCUUUCACCUCCUGGGCUGCUGGUUCUACAGCUCCCGAUUCCCCUCGGCGCUGACCUGGUGGCUGGUCCAGGCCGUGUGCAUUGCGCUCAUGGCUGUCAUCGGGGAGUACCUGUGCAUGCGGACGGAGCUCAAGGAGAUCCCCCUCAACUCUGCCCCUAAAUCCAGUGUCUAGAAUCGGGUCCUUUGGACACCCUGCUGGGCACUUGGGCACCCCCCUCCCCAACACUGUGGGCUAUUCAGACUCUCCAGACGAAGUCCAGCCCGGGUCUGAGAGGAACCCUGGAAAUGUGAAGUCUUGUUGGUGUGGGAGAGAUAGUGAGGCCCCGUCAAGAAGGCAGGUAGCAGUCGGGACUGCAGCUGCAAGAAUGGCCUCUGCCUGCUGGAGCGUUGCUCUCUGGGAGGUCAGCGAGGGGACCUCUUUCAGGGUAAUAGCAGAAUUGGAACCAUGUCAUUCUUGAGCCAUCAUACCUGUCACCAGCCUGUUAUUUUAAAAAAGAACCAAAUCAAGGAUAUCUGAUUGGAGCAAACCACUCUUCUAGUCAUCUGUCUUACCUCCCCCUGGACAACUGUUAACCUGUGCCAUGUUGGUAAACCAGAGCUGUUCUGUUUGGAGAGACACUUGGUUUCCAGAUCCCUAGCCACAGAGAGACAGAGGUGCAGAGUAUUAGGCUGUCGUCACGGAGAGGACGGCAGGUGGAGACAUCAAGCACAAGGAAAACGCACAACCUGUGUCCUGCUACACGCAUGUGUGCGCACACCCAUGAACCGUGACUAACUUUCUUCCAGUUCUCUCUACUGGUCCCCACCUGCUGCCAGCCUUCAACAGAGCAGGCCACAGGGCCCGGAGAAGAAGUCCCAGCAUCGCUCCUGGUCCCCCCCUCAUGAUAGAGCCACAGCCUCUUCUCUAGGAAUGACUAGGCACCCCAGCUCCCACCGAGCCUCACUCCUGGCAAUAGUUCCUUUUCCCCGCCUUACUGGGAUUUCUACAAUGGGAAGGGUGUGAUGGGUGCCGAGAGACCGGAGGCCCAGCCUUCCAACUUGAGCUGCCUUGGGAGUGCUGAGGGAGACAGGAAUUUGCUGCUAACAUUUUCCUCUGGGGCGGCCUUUCCUCUGUUCGGGGUUUGCAGCUGCCCUCCUGUGUACAUAAAUACAGUAUUUUCCAUCGUU